AAGCGACGAAGACGAAUCGGCAAAGACGAAGAGUCAAACCGUUCAUGAAUGCCAUGGCGGUGCCCACAGCUCGAGGUGACUUUUAUACGUGGCUCCGGCAAACCAGUGCCGCAAGAGCCCAUUCCCUGUUUCUGUUUGUGGUCCUGGUAACAUGCGUCGCUGGUUUUACGUUGCUGGACACCCACGAUCACGGUAAAAGCAGUCCCCAAAAUGGAGACAGGAUGCUUCCCCGCCAGGCAAUGGAAAGUCUGCAGUGGAAAGCGCGUACCACGGGGGAGCGCUCCGGGGACGGCUUCGCUGUUAUCUUCAGUCAGUACACCGUUAAAACGCGCAAAGUGGCCGUACCGGAGCCUAAGCCUCAUUUUGAAACUCUGAACGCGCCCUUCGGUCGUGGAAUGUUGUUCGCCCAAGAGAGAACCCCUGGCGAUGUCGCCCUUCCUCAACUCGCCCCUGUCGCUGUCGUCAAAAUGAGCCGCAAGCAAAUUUCCAAUGACGUCAACAGAGACUCUAACAAUCUGUUCAACAGAUCAUCUCGCCCCUUCAGAACAGUCGCUUUCAGUCCCAUUUCAACUCUCUUUCGACAUCUGGUCAUCUCUCGGCUGAAGAAUGGAACAGCUAAAGGACGAUUAGGGUUUGAUUCCAUGGGUAACGCUUUCGGCUCUAGUGGUUUCCAGGAGAUAGCGUCAGUUGCACCGCGAAACAGGGACAAAUUUUCCCCUUUCCCGUACUUUGAUCAGGAUCGCAGCAAGAGCUCGAAGAAUCCCCUCGUACCAGAGGCACCGGUCAAUCUUGGCAGAAGCGAACGCUUCAUCCCAUCCGGGAAUCAUCCUAUCAUGCUUUUACUUAGCAUGCUGAACGCUUCUCCAAGAGGACGUCCUGCCUUUGCAAGUAUCGACAACCAAAGGUCCUGGGGACGCAUUGGUGGCCGCAGCUUGCCUUUCGGCCUCUCAGCUUCAAGGGACCUGAAGCGACCAGUCGAUGUCGAAACAUCAUACAACAUCAACGUGCUGACGAUUGAGAGUUUCUCACAAGGCCACGAAAAAUCUCGUUUCUGGCAUUUUCACUCGGACGAACUUUUCUUCGAGCUGGUGGUGUUGAUAGCAGUAUUUUGCGCAGUGCUUUCGUGCUUGGUUGCAUUUCAUUCUCGCAGGAGAAAGUGUGUUCCAGCUUUAUUCCCACUGGCUAGUGUGUAGGCAGUAAUAUGGUAACGGUACCGGUUUGAUACCAAUAUGACGUGUAGGCUGGGGAAAAUUAAAGCGUUCUGAAAGAUGUA